GUUUCAGAUGAUGAAAUUCAGCGUUUAAUUGACUCCCAAACAAAUUCAAAUACGCGCAAGAAUACCAAGUGGGCGAUUGAGACAUUUAACAAGUGGCGUAUCGCGCGGGUCAAUGUACCACUGUUGACCAAGAUGACGAGUGAAACUCUUAAUUACUGGAUGCAACGAUUUGUUUUGGAGGUUAGAAAACAAGACGGAUCGGAAUACCCACCGCGUUCGCUCUACUACAUUGUGUGUGGUUUAUUACGUUACUUGAGGGAUGAAAACAUUCACAAUAUGAACUUUUUAGACGAAAAGGAUCACAGAUUUGCAGUAUUUCAGCGGGUUUUGGACGCGCGAAUGAAAGAACUGCUGUCAAAGGGAUUAGGAACAAAAGUUCGCCAGGCGGAUCCAAUUUUACAAGAAGACGAAGAAAAAAUUUGGAGCCAAAAAGUAUUUGGUAUGCAUUCUUCUAAAGCGUUGCAAUACACAGUGUUUUUCUAUAACUGUAAACUGUUUGGGCUACGUGCGUAUGAUGAACACAAAUCACUGGAAUGCGAUCAGUUUGAUUUAGGCUGUGAUGACAGAGGGAAAUACAUCCAUUUUCAUGGACGAUCAUCAAAAACUUAUAAAGGAGGCCUAAGGCAUAUUCAGUUGCAAAACAAGGACAUCAAACACUACUGCCUCAAUGCGGAGAGAUGUCUGGCUGACUUUUACCUGGCAUAUAUCGACGCCCUCGGACACAGGGGUCCAUUUUACAGACGACCUUUGGCAAGUGGUAUCAAGUACAGCGAGCAGGUUCUUGGGAUAAACAAAAUCAAGGGUCUGAUGAAAGAGAUAACCAGAAACGCUGGACUUGUCGGGAAUUUUACAAAUCAUUCCGGUAAAAGGACUUGUGCUACCCAGCUGUAUCAAGCGGGCGUCGACGAGCAAGAUAUCAUGAGUAGAAUCGGUCAUAGGUCCGAAUCCGCUGUUAAGAAGUACAAGCGUACAAAUUCCGUUCUUCAAGAAAGUGUUUCGAAAGUUUUGGAUCCGCCUAAGAAGACGAAAUGUUUGCACUCGGUUCAAUGUCAUGCUUAA